UCAAAAUUACUUGAAAAUGAAUCAGAUAGUAAUAUAUCUGAUACACAACCUGUUAACGAUACUUAUCAAAAAAAUUUAAAUACUAAAAAUAAUAAAUUAGACAAGUCAAAGAGUUUUAAUUCGGAUUCCCAUUAUCUAUCUCAACAACCUUUAACAUCUUCAUCAAGCAAAUAUUUUUUAAAUAAUUAUGAAGAUGAUGAUUUGUCAAACUCUGAAAGUGAAUCUUCAAUUUCUAAUAAUAAUUCAAAAAUAUUACCAAAUUCGACUGAUAAUACUUUAAAUAAAAUAUUAGAUACUUUACUUGCUAAUCAAACAAGUUUAAAAACAUUAUUGCAUCUUUAUGAAGAAAUAGAAUCAACAAUUCGUUUACAAUCAGAAGAAAUUAAAAAAAUUAAAGACAUAUUAAAUGAAUCACAUAAAACUGAUAAAGCUUCAUCUCGGGCUCAAUGGGCUAAAGACAAAAUAUGCAAGCAUUGUGUAACUAUUGUCAAGAAAAUCAAAGAUAAAUUAUUUGAAGUAUUUCAUGACAAGCUCAGUAAAAUCGAUUCAUCAGCUUCUGCUGAUACAAUUAAAACUUUUAAAGAAUCUCAAAAUACGAAAUGGUGUCUACGCAAAUUAAAUACUCCAAUUAGUACUAUAUCAUCUCAAACCUAUAUGGACUCAAUUAUAUCAAAAGUUUGGGUAAAAGAACAACCUACUGAAGAUGACAAAGUUUUCACAAUAGCUAUAUGUCUUUAUAUUCUUGAUCCAAAAUAUGAAGGCAUGAAAUUAGAUCCCGUGAAAGUUAAUUCUUUGUAUCGAUCUUUCAAAGCAA